AAGGAAACAAAAGUUUAAAGCUUUUAGUCCUAUUCUGUCAGUGACUCAAAUCUUUACAAUACGUCAAGAAAUGAAAGAGUACUUCGACUUUGCAUUUCUUUUUGCGGUUAUAAAAGGAUCGAGACUUGAGUUUCAUUUCAACACGAUUUUCUUUUUGCUUGCUUAUAGCAUAUAGCGAGACUGAUCAUUCUGUCGUCUUUACAGGUUUCAAGUUUGAGUACUCAACGCCGUCGGCAUCAUUAGAUCGGCAAGUGAUCAAGCUGGGGGGAUUGUACAUGGCUACAAGUAUGCUCUCAAGCACAAUUGUUCUUGAGGUUCUUAGAAAUGACAAUUACGCGAAUUGGAGUGCUUGCAUUAAAAACUAUCUCUUGGCUCAAGAUCUUUGGGAUAUUUUCGAAACAACCACAAAACCUCCAAAACCAAAAGAUGAUGCAGUAGAAUUCAGAGCUUGGAGGAAGAAGAAUGCUGCAGCUUUGCAUGCAAUUCAGAUUUCAUGUGGGGUGGAAAUACAAUCUCAGAUCAAUAAUAUCAGUUCUGCUAAAACUGUUUGGGAUUUGUUGCCUAAAUUAGUGCACCAACCACCAUCGAAAGAAGCUAGUUAUGAUCCAGUGGCUGAGCAGGGAAACUCAUUGAAUAUCCCAUCCAGUAAUGUUCACGAGGAUGGAUCAAUGAUUGCACCUGAUCAAAAGGUUGAACCAGGAAGCUCCUCAAACAACCCAGGGAGGCAAAACAUAAUUAAUACUUGUAACGCGGACUACUAUAUGGGGUAUGCGCGACUACACAAGGCUUUGCAAAGUGGUGAUUGGAAUUCUGCCAAAGAAUUCCUCAAACUACAACCCAAUUCAAAGAGCGCAAAAAUUACUACUUUGGGCAAGACUGCUCUUCACGUGUCUGUUGAGGCGGGACAUGUCCAUAUAGUGGAAGCGUUGGUGGAGCAAAUGUCGGAAGAUUAAUUGGAAGUACAAGACAAUUUCGGUGACACAGCUCUGCUGAAUGCAACAUCUAGUGGACAGUACAAGAUGGUGAAGUGCAUACUUCGAAAAAACAAAAGGUUGGUCAGCAUGGGAAAAGCUAGCAACAAUGGAUUCCAAAUGCUUCCAGUUGUUUGGGCUCUUAAAAAUGGAUAUAUAAAAAUAGCUCGAUAUCUUUAUUCUCUCACUCCGCUGGAAGAUCUAACUCCAGAAAAGGGCAGGAGCGGUUCAACACUUUGUAGCGAAGCUAUAUAUACCAGAGCUUUAGAUAUUGCUUUGGAUCUAAUCCGGCGCUGUCCACGUUUGGCUCUUGCUCCGGACAACUAUAGCUACAGCCCUUUAUACGCAUUGGCUUCUGCGAAUUACGCAUUCCCAAGUGGACAUCGUCUCGUGUUUUGGAAACGAUGGAUCUCCUCUUGUAUACACAUUCAAUCGGCAAAUGGUACGGCUACCAAUGAAGUUCAUUUGAUAAUUCAAAAAGACGAGGGACGCCAAAGCGAUGUAGUAAAAACUAACAGAUCAUCAGUUCAAGCCCUGUUGCGCCGAUCAUUUUCAAAACUCAUUAAACUUUUGGAUAUCGAGCAUUUAUAUGAAAUGAAGUUGGUCCGUGAGCAAUCCCGUCAACUUCUGCAUCGUAUGUGCAAAGAAAUCUUAAUUUCAGAUGUUGAAGGAAGGCGUAAAGGUUGCAUUUAUCAAGCUAUUUUCCAUUCAAUCAAAGAAGGGAUUUUUGAGUUUGUUCAUGAUGUAGUGAAAGCGAAUCCAGAUCUUUUGUGGAGCAAUGAUGUCAAUUCAAGAAAUAUAUUCUCGUAUGCUGUCCUAUGUCGCCAACCUAAAAUCUUUAGUCUUAUAUAUGGACUAGAUGUGAAGAACAACUUGGCAUAUGGUGGAGAUAACUCUGGCAACAAUAUAUUACAUAUGGCAGGGAUGCCACCAGUUUCCAUUAUGCUUAAUCGCAUACCAGGUGCAGCUUUACAAAUGCAAAGAGAAUUACAAUGGUUUAAGGAGGUUGAGAGUAUUGUCCAUCCAAAGAUCAAGAAAGUUGAAAAUAAUGAUGAUCUGACUCCACGAGAGUUGUUUACAAAAAACCACAAGGACUUGAUGAAAGAGGGUGAGAAAUGGAUGAAGGAUACAGCAACUUCAUGCACAGUGGUAGCCGUUCUGAUUCUUACUAUAAUGUUUGCUGCAGCCUUUACUGUUCCAGGAGGCAACAACCAAGACACAGGCUCGCCAAUAUUCUUCAAUAAAAAAUUGUUUAGGCUCUUUAUAGUAUCUGAUGCUCUAUCACUAUUUUCCUCUGCAUCUUCUGUAUUGAUGUUCUUGGGAAUCCUCACGUCACGUUAUGCAGAAAAAGACUUCUUUAAAUCCUUGCCCACAAAGAUGAUAAUAGGCCUUUCCACUCUUUUCUUCUCCAUUGCAACCAUGAUGAUAGCCUUUUCUACAGGUCUUUUACUUUUGCUAGGUGAAGAAUCAUCGAUGGUUAUUCCUGUCAUAUCUUUGGCUAGUAUUCCUGUCACCCUCUUUGUGUUGAUGCAAUUUCCCCUUCUCGUAGACAUGUAUAUUUCAACUUAUGGACCCGGCAUCUUUGAUAGAAAAAUGAAACGGUGGUUGUAA